AUGGCCCCUCACCAAGAUGUCCCCUCACCGGCGGGUAGUUUCACAGCCGGCUUUAGCAGAAUACCUUACAACCCUAAUACUUCUUCACAUCUACACAUCGAAAGUCUGACUGCGGCUGAAUCAAAUUCACCUCUUAGCAGCUCAUACGACAGCGCAGUACUUGGCGCAGAUCUGCAGGAGACCCGACCACUUGUUCCCGGUGUCUAUGUACCUACCAUGUGCUUCUUCGAGCCGGGUACGGAAAACGUGGACGUCAAUACUGUGGCUCGCCAUGCAGUACGACUUGCUCAAGCGGGUGUGACCGGCCUGGCCACCCAGGGCUCCAACGGAGAAGCAGUCCAUCUUUCACACGCCGAGCGUCAACUCGUCACGGCAACAACACGACAAGCUCUCAAUGACGCCGGUUUCUCUCACAUGCCCAUCAUCGUCGGCUGCGGAAGCCAGAGCACACGCGAGACGAUACAAUACUGUACUGAGGCCUGGGCUGCUGGUGGAGACUAUGCCUUGGUGCUUCCUCCGUCAUACUACGCUGGCCUCUUUGCUCCGUCAUCGGAAACCAUCUUCGAGUACUUUCAUACGGUGGCUGAUGCAUCACCGAUUCCUCUCAUCAUCUACAACUUUCCUGGCGCAGUGGGAGGCAUGGAUCUGUCCUCCGACGUCAUUGUGCAGUUGUCUCAGCAUCCCAACAUCGUUGGCGUUAAGCUUACAUGCGGAAACACGGGCAAGUUGAACCGCGUUGCCGGCGCGACGAGGAAGCUGGCAAAGAAUCCCAACUCGAAGACCCCUGAGUUCCUCGUCUUGGCAGGUUCAGCCGACUUCUCUAUCCAGGCCUUGGUAGCUGGAGGGCAUGGCAUCCUCGCAGGCCUGGCCAACAUCGCCCCCAAGGCUUGCAUCAGAACCAUUGAGCUGUUCCAAGAGGGGAGACAUGGAGAAGCUCAGGAUAUGCAAGAGAUCGUCUCACAAGGCGACUGGACAGCGAUCCAAGGUGGUGUUGUGGGCGUGAAAGCUGGCCUUCAGGCGUGGCUGGGCUACGGUGGUGUGGCCCGGAGCCCAUUGCCGAAGCCCACGGCCGAGCAGAUGAAGAAGUGGAAAGAAGGAUUCCGUGAACUAGUCGUUCUCGAGAAGUCGCUAUGA